GCUCACUUCACAAAUUCCUUGAAAAAGUUGCUCACUUUCUUCUCCAUUUUUGUUUUGAUCUCUUGAUUCUCAGAAACUCCAUCCCAAACCAAACCCAGUUGAACAAAGAUGUCAAUCGUCCCAAUCAACGAGCAACGAGGCAGUGACUUCGACCCUUCCUUGGAUCUUGACCUGUGGGACCCAUUCACAGAUUUCCCUUUCCCAUUCCCUUCCUCAAUCUCCAACGUUUUCCGGGAAUUCAAUCUGGGUUCUUCGGUAAACUCAAGACUAGAUUGGAGAGAGACCCGAAAUGCCCACAUCCUAAAGGCGGCUCUUCCUGCGUUCAUGAACGAGGACGUGCUUGUGGAGCUUCAAGACGAGCGUGUGCUUCAGAUCAGUACAGACAGCGGUAGCUUCAUGACAAAGUUUAAGCUUCCGGACAACGCCAAGAUUGAGCAGCUUAAGGCCUUCAUGAGCAAUGGGGUUCUCACUGUCACUGUUCCUAAGGAGGAGCCCAGCAGACCCAAUAUCAGAGCCAUUGAAAUUUCUGGCGAAGAUUAAGGUGGUGAGGUCUUCUUUUGGCUAAUUUAAGAUAAUGGGUAGCUGCGUUUUGUGUCAGAAUGUGAAUAAAGUUUGUGUCUUUAUGUGAUUGAAAUGUAUAAAAAAUAGGUGUGAGUUUGUAAUGCUUUUAG